ACUGACUAAAGCUCCAACUUGCUGCUUCUACCCUUUUCUCCUGUGGACUCUCCCAUUCCGCUGCAUCAUGCUCUGCCCUUUCCCCCUCUGCAGGGCUGUGGGGAAGACCUGCCUGCUGAUCAGUUACACCACUAAUGCCUUCCCUGGAGAGUAUAUCCCCACUGUGUUUGAUAAUUACUCCGCCAAUGUCAUGGUGGAUGGGAAGCCAGUGAACCUGGGUCUCUGGGAUACAGCAGGGCAAGAGGACUAUGACCGACUGCGGCCCCUCUCCUACCCUCAGACAGAUGUCUUCUUGAUCUGCUUCUCCCUGGUGAGUCCGGCCUCAUUUGAGAAUGUCCGAGCCAAGUGGUACCCGGAGGUCCGGCACCACUGCCCUAAUACUCCCAUCAUCCUGGUGGGCACCAAGCUGGACUUGAGGGAUGACAAGGACACCAUUGAAAGGCUGCGUGAUAAGAAAUUGGCCCCCAUCACCUACCCCCAGGGCCUGGCCAUGGCACGGGAGAUUGGGUCAGUGAAGUAUCUUGAGUGCUCAGCCCUGACACAGCGGGGCUUGAAGACCGUGUUUGACGAAGCUAUCCGUGCUGUGUUGUGCCCCCCACCUGUGAAGAAGCCUGGCAAGAAGUGCACUGUGUUCUGAGGAUGUUGGCAAGAUGCUGACUCAGCAUGUCCUUGUCAUCCUCCUCCAACAGAUUGAGUGUUCGCUGGGUUCUUCUGGAGGGGGCUGUGAUGUGUGGGGCCCUUCAUCAUGUACGAAGUCAGUGUUUUUUAAAUGUCUCUUUGAUUUAACGUCAGUGUUGAUGUGAAGGGGCAGUGGGGGCGGGAGGUUAGGUGGAUGCUGUGCAGCCCCUAGGGGAGGAGCAGGGGGAGUGGCGGGGUAGCUCCCUGAGACAGUGAGGUGCAGUUUUCCUUAACUUCAAGUUGAAGAGGCUAAGACAUCCAUUCUGUGAUGGAAACACCUCUGCUUGCAACGCACAGGGGGAGACAGGUGGGGAGAAUCCCUAAGGGGGUGGGUAGGGACCAUUGUGUGAUAGUUUGUGAAUGACAAGACCAGCUGGAAGGGUAACGGGGCCUCCUCACCCCAGCAUAUUGCUGGUGAU